ACACCCAUACAAGAGUCACGGGUCACAUUUAAGCUUCACCUAUAUAGUUACAUGUUACUUGCCCAAAGGAUUUGACAAUAAUGCACUAAGAGUUUGAUUCUUGAAAACUUCAAGAACCCUAGUUAAUAACGAUAAUGGGUUCGAGAGUUUUGGCUUCCUUCUUUGUUGUCUUGAUCUUCACGGUCAUCACAUUGCCUCCAACGAUCCAAGCUUGCACUCCUUGUACUCGUCCUCAUCCUCCGGUUCCUAAACCUCCACACCACGGUGGUGGUGGAGGCGGCAGUGGAGGUGGUGGUAGCAAGCCGCCGCCACAUCACGGUGGAAAAUGUGGUGGUAAACCCCCACACCACGGUGGAAAAGGUGGGGGACCGCCGCAUCAUGGUGGAGGAGGAGGAGGGAAAUCACCGCCGGUUGUUAGUCCUCCCCCGGUAGUGGUGAGACCACCGCCAAUCAUAAGACCUCCUCCGGUUGUCUAUCCACCACCAAUUGUGAGGCCACCGCCAAUCACAAGACCUCCCAUCAUAAUCCCUCCCAUUCAACCACCGCCGGUUACAACUCCUCCGGGACUUCUCCCGCCGAUCACAACUCCUCCGGGACUCCUCCCUCCGGUCACAACUCCUCCGGGACUCCUCCCUCCGGUCACAACUCCUCCAGGACUUCUCCCUCCAAUCAUUAACCCACCUCCGGUCACAAUCCCACCACCAUCCUCCGGCUAUCCAUCGUAUGGUCCACCUUCCGGAGGAGGAGGAGGCGGCGGCAAACAACCAACAUGUCCGAUCAACGCAUUGAAGCUUGGAGCUUGUGUUGACGUUUUGGGAGGAUUGAUUCAUAUAGGGCUAGGAAAUCCGGUGGAGAAUGUGUGUUGUCCAGUGUUGCAAGGGUUACUUGAGCUAGAAGCAGCCGUUUGUCUUUGCACAACCAUAAGACUUAAGCUUCUUAACUUAAACAUCUUCAUUCCUCUUGCACUUCAAGCUCUCAUCACUUGUGGGAUCAACCCUCCUCCUGGUUUUGUCUGCCCUCCUCUCACUUGAUCUAAAACAUCCCUUGUUUUGACAAAUAUAUGGGAACGUCAGAACGUGUGUGGAUCGUAUUCGUACGGAUAAAUCUUUUGAGAAGAGAACUUCUAUAUUCCUACAAAUCAUGUCUUUUGUCAUAAAACACAGCUAAACUUUUUUUAUCAAAAAAAAAAAAAAAAA